UUGAGUGGGAGCCGCCGCCGCCGCGAAGCAGCGUUGAGAGAGACCGCCAGUAAUUUCUUCAUUGUUACUCGUUCACAUACGGCAAGUUCUGUGACUCCUUCCCUCUCCCUCUCCCUCGCCCUCACGAGAUGUCGGUGCAGAUAGAAAAAAAGGCGCUAUGAGUGUUCUGCCCUCCCGCGCGGCUGGAAAAGAGAGGAAGUGUUGAGGAAAACUGGGCUGAUUUGCGGUAAAGUAGAUGUGUAUUAUUACAGCCCCAAUGGCAAGAAGUUCCGAAGCAAGCCCCAGUUGACCCGCUACCUCGGUGACACUGUUGACCUUUCCUCCUUCGAUUUUCGGACUGGGAAGGUCAACCCAAUGCUGGCGAGGAAGAACAAGAAGCCCCGUGGUACCCUCUUUGAUUACAGAGGCAGCGAAGAGCGGUACGGUGCUCCGCGCCUCCCGUUCUCGUCCUGAAUGCCAAACAAACAUCAGCUGACGGUGACUGAACAGUGACGCUCACCUAACCGAAGCACGUCAUUGCUGUCCGUGGCUCUCCCUGCCCCUCACCACGUCACUGGCCGAUCAUCAACGUCCACAUCAUCUGCAUAACGCUCUGAACUACAACACUGCGGUAGGAGAUUAGAGUGAACGAAGGUAGGAAUAACAGUGAGCAGGAUGAGUGGUGCUGGCAGUAGUGACAGUGGCCUGGACCUGUCUGGCAAACUCAUCAUUAAGGCCCAGCUGGGAAAUGACAUAAGGCGCAUUCCUAUACACAAUGAAGACAUGACUUAUGACGAGUUAAUAUUAAUGAUGCAGCGUGUCUUCCGCGGUUCGCUUUCUCCCGACGAUGAUAUCACGCUCAAGUAUAAAGAUGAAGAUGGGGAUCUGGUGACCAUCUUUGACAGCUCUGACUUGGCCUUUGCCAUACAGUGUAGCCGGAUCUUGAAGCUCACCAUCCUUCUGAAUGGUCAGCAAAGCAGUGCCAAGGAACCACAAUUACCAACCUCUGCUGUGAGACAAGAGCUGCGUGCCAUACGAGACAGAGUGACAGCCUUGCUUGAUGCUUUGGCUGUGUGUACUGAAACCACUCCCAAGGCAGCACCAGACAAUGCAGGAGUGAACAGUAGCAGUAGUUGCAAUACAGCAGGCACAGCUUCUCCUGCUCCUCCUCCUGUCAAGCCACUGACUGUCUCAUCCAAAGAGUUUGACCCACUUCAGCCUGCUGAGCUGCAGCAACAAGCAGUUCAGCAGCCUCUACAGCAGCAGCCAUCCCAGAAGCAGCCUGUACCGCCAGCACCAAUCAUGUCAGCCAGCCAGCCACAGCCGGGCCUUGCCACUCAGACAACAGCUUCAUCCACUCCCAGUCACAGUGACAUUCCAACAAACCUUGGGGAUCCAAGUGUGCACCAAGUCAUCAUAUCCUCUUUUGGGUUAUCAGAAGGUGAAGGAGGCUUGAGCUCCAGUUCAUCACAAGUUGAUGGCAACACUGCUGUCGCCAGCACCUCUGCACCAGCCUCCUACCACCCAUCACCACAGCAGCAGCCUCCUCUACCACAGUCACAGGCUUCUCAACCCAAACCUGUGCAGCCAUCACAGCAGCAGCAGCAGCCACCACAACAACCACAGCCCAACUAUGCAAACUAUACCACUGUUCCAGUUUCUGCUCCUCAACAAGGACGUUAUUUUCAUUAUCAAGGUCAGCAUUAUGGAAGUAGUGGCACAGAGGUGAGUGUUGGGGCUCCCACCACUGCUACCAGCACCUCACAGUCUCACACGUCCCAACAGUAUUACUCAGGCUACAUGCAAUACCCAGGGUAUGGGGUACCCAGCAGUCAGCCGAGUGGAUACAGUCAGCAGUAUCCUAGUAGCCAGCAAUACCCUGCCAGUUAUACCCCUCAGACUGGGGCUGCUACUGCCUCCUUGCCGCCUCCUUCAUCCCAGCCGGGCCAGCCUCCAGCAGGACCACGACCCCAGAUGAGUUAUGUGUCAUCCACGCCAUACCAGCAAUGGCCACAGUAGCCUGAAGUGUUGCAGGAGUUACCUGUUAGAAACACGUGCCACACCUCAAUUGCUGGGUUGAGCAAGUAUAUGUUUUGUAUGAUUUGCAGAAAGUCAUAGUAAAACUCCAUGUGAGCAUAUUGAGAAAGAAGUUGUAGUCUUCUAGAGAUAAUCUGUAGUCACUUGUGUCAUCCAUAAUUCAAAUGUACUUUAGAUUUGUUGAAGUUCCCUUGAAUGAUUGAUUGAUUGAUUGAUUGCUUAAGAACUUGUAGUCUCUUAAAGUUGAUCCUUAGUUACUUAUUUGUGUUAUCUAGAUUUCAAAUGUAUCAAAAAUUUUAUGAAAUAGCCAAAGUUGCUUUGUCCAAAAUCUAAUUCCUCAGAAAUACCUGUGUGUGCAGUAGUAAGAAUAAUUUCAUUGUUGACAUACAAAUGAAUGGAAAUGGGACACCAGCACAGGCCUUGAUGUCCAGGUCCAGCAGGUGAUACUACAGGGAGCUUAAGUCUUUGCAGGAUACAAUUCCUAUUUUUAAUACACAUGUACAGACUGUCUAUGUUCUAUAGUUGAUGCUGUUUGUUAACAUUUAGUGUAUAAGAGAAAUUAUAAACAUGUAUGGAUAUGCUUGAUAUUAUAGUUGAAUGACUUGUUUUCAAAAUAUUAAAAUAUUAAACAGUAAAACUCUA